GCCGUUUCAUUAAUUAAUUCAUUCAUCGAAAUUAAAAACUCUCAAGAGACGUCAGCCAGAAGGCGGCUGAUGGUUGUCUGGAAGGGAGCUAGUAGGUGGGGACAGCAGAGCGGACGGUGACAUGAAGGCGGGGGCCAGCUCCAUGUGGGCUUCCUGCUGUGGCUUGCUGAAUGAAGUCAUGGGUACCGGAGCCGUGCGAGGACAGCAAGCUGCGUUUCGAGGAGGAACUGGCCCUUUUAGAUUCGCACAGAGCACUGAUUUUCCACCAUAUCCUUCUACAUCUUCCACCAACAUAGUGUGUAAAGCUUGUGGGCUGGCAUUCUCUGUCUUUAGGAAGAAGCAUAUAUGUAGUGAUUGCAAGAAGGAUUUCUGCUCCGUGUGUUCUACACUGCAAGAGAAUCACAGGCGAUGCUGCACCUGCCAUUUAUUACAGGAAACGGCAUUUCAAAGGGCUCGUCUAAUGAAGCUGAAAGUUAAGGAUCUGCGGCAGUAUCUGACUCUAAGAAACAUCCCAACAGACAGCUGCCGGGAAAAAGAAGACUUGGUGGAGUUGGUGCUUUGCCAUCAUGGUGCCACAGGCACUGAAGAAGAGAAUAUUGGCACAGACAACCCCACAAGACCACAGACUUCUGGCUUCUUCACACAUCCGUUUUUCUCUGCACCUUCUGUGCCUUCACCAUCGGUGUCCUCUUUCCAGGGAGAAAUGUCUGAGAGCAUAGGAAGUGCAACUCCAUCCCAGGCAACAAGUGAAACAGUUUCUGUGGCGUCUGAUACAGAACCACCAGAGCAGCAGACAGAAAUUUCUCGAAAGCGAGCAAGAGCAUCCUUAUCUGACUUAUCAACCUUGGAAGAAAUUGAAGGGCUAACUAUCAGGCAGCUGAAAGAGAUCCUGGCCCGGAACUUUGUCAAUUACUCAGGCUGCUGUGAGAAAUGGGAAUUGGUGGAGAAAGUAAACCGCUUGUACAAGGAAACCGAGGAGAACAGGAAGUCAUUGGAGAAUCCAGAAAACAAAACAAAUUCAGACCGAGAGCAGCUACAGUUGACGGGUAAUGAUGACAACCUUUGCAGGAUCUGCAUGGAUGCUGUCAUUGACUGUGUGCUCCUAGAGUGUGGCCACAUGGUAACAUGUACUAAAUGUGGCAAGAGGAUGAGUGAGUGCCCGAUCUGUCGACAAUACGUAGUGAGGGCGGUCCAUGUCUUUAAAUCUUGAGUAUACAAACCAAAAAAGACAUGUUGGGAAUCUAAAGUUUAAAAAACAACAACAACAAAAAACAACAAACUACUAGAACUUUAUAUAUUUGGUUGGACUGUUAUGUUAAACCUGAUUAAAACAAAUUGGCUGUGUAGCAGGAUAAAAGGAGAUAGAGAUUUUACAUGGAUUUGCAUGCAAGUGUGUGGGACAUGCAGUAGGAAAA